UGGUCGCGCUGUCAGGAGCGGCUGCGGAGCCCUGCCCGGCACGGUCCCUGCCCGAGAGGUCUCUGGAGGCUGCUCCCCCAGCGCUGGAUCCUGCCCCUGGGGACCAGAGGGAGAGAAAGCUCUAGUGAGUGAUGAUGAUGUUUCAGAUGAGGUGGAGAACCAUCCUAUCGCAACAGUGUGUUCUGCUGGUGACAUGUCUCCUAAUCAAUUUGGAAGCAGUGCCUAUAGACAUAGACAAGACAAAAGUUCAAGGAGAACCCCAUGUAGAAGGAGCAAAAAUAGAAACCCCGGAUACUGGGCUUUAUUAUGAUGAAUAUCUCAAGCAAGUGAUAGAUGUCCUAGAAACAGAUAAACAUUUCAGAGAGAAACUUCAGACUGCUGAUAUAGAGGAAAUAAAGAGUGGAAAGCUAAGCAAAGAGCUAGACUUAGUAAGCCAUCAUGUGAGAACAAGGCUGGAUGAACUGAAAAGACAAGAAGUGGCAAGGUUAAGGAUGCUAAUUAAAGCUAAAAUGGAUUCCUUUCAAGACACUGGCAUAGACCAUCAAGCUCUCCUUAAACAGUUUGAACACCUCAACCACCAGAAUCCUGACACGUUUGAAUCUAAAGAUUUAGAUAUGUUGAUCAAAGCAGCUACAAGUGACCUGGAAAACUAUGACAAGACACGCCACGAUGAAUUUAAGAAAUACGAGAUGAUGAAGGAACAUGAAAGGAGAGAAUAUUUAAAAACACUGAAUGAAGAGAAGAGACGGGAAGAAGAAUCCAAAUAUGAGGAGAUGAAGAAAAAGCAUGGCGAUCACCCCAAAGUGAAUCAUCCUGGAAGCAAAGACCAACUUAAAGAGGUGUGGGAGGAGUCGGAUGGGCUGGAUCCUAAUGACUUCAAUCCAAAGACAUUUUUCAAGUUACAUGAUGUCAAUAAUGAUGGCUUCUUGGAUGAGCAAGAAUUAGAGGCCCUGUUUACUAAAGAGCUGGAGAAAGUAUAUGACCCCAAAAAUGAAGAGGAUGAUAUGGUGGAAAUGGAAGAAGAAAGGCUAAGAAUGAGAGAGCAUGUUAUGAAUGAGAUUGACGUCAACAAGGACCGGUUAGUAACUUUACACGAGUUCCUGAAAGCUACAGAGAAAAAAGAAUUUUUGGAGCCAGAUAGCUGGGAGACAUUGGAUCAACAGCAGGUCUUCACUGAAGAGGAGCUGAAGGAAUUUGAAACGCAUAUUUUGCAGCAGGAAAAUGAACUCCUGAAGAAGGCAGAAGAUCUUCAACAACAGAAGGAAGAGCUACAGAGACAGCAUGACCAGCUUCAGGCUCAGAAACAGGAACUUCAGCAGCUGGGGAACACCAAGUCGGAAAUGCACAAAACCAUCUUGCAGGUGAUCAGCCUUUACCGCCAGGGCACAUACCAGUUCAAGAAGCAGCCGCCGGAAGUGAUCAUGUUCAAAUUCACCCUUAACCACUUGUGCCUCAACUUUAUACCCGCCACUCGCUUCUUUUCAAAUUCCUCCAACCGCUUCCGCAAGCGGGUCUUCUAA